AACGCCGACGCUAUUAUUUCCCGUACCGCCGCCCAUGGGUUGGAGUUUGCGGUUGUCUAUGAGGACCACAACUUCGAGUUGGCCAACAUAACCGACCACAUCGGACAGGGCCGGAGGGACAUGCAAUAUGUCCACGACAAAUAUUCUUACGGGUACUUCAGUCAACCAAAUCACGCCAAACUGAACGGCAAACCCCUGAUCAUGGACUUCGGCCCCCAGACCCUCCAGGGGGACGAAUGGAACCAAAUAUUCUCGCCAUUCAACCCGAAACCGGAAUUCAUAAUCCUAUGGUACCAGACAAAGACAACUGCCGGUGCCUCGCAGGGAGACUUCGCGUGGCCGGCCCAGGACUUUAUCGGGGGUCUCAACGGUUGGUACGGCAAACAAACCGGAGUGAAAGUAGGCUGUGCCUACUCCGGGUUCAACUCAUUCUACAAGGAGGGAGGUUGGGGUGACUUCCCCUGGAGUAUCCCGGUCAGUGUGUCCAACUUCCAACAGACCCUGGACCUGGGACUAGCCCACACAGACACCCUACAGGUCGCCACGUGGAACGACUACGGGGAGGGCACUCAGAUUGAACCAACACUCGAGUUUGAGUACCAGUUCCUGGAGGUGUUGCAAAAGAAAAUGGGUGUCAAGUAUACGGUGGCCGACUUGAAAAAGGUGACGGAUACUUAUUUCCAUCGCGUGAUGUAUGCAGAUAAUGCCACCAUGAGUGCCCUGCUUGAAAAGCAACAUUUUGACCUGGUUCACAAAUACGAUUAA